ACGGUAGCUCCUCCUCACCCUUCGAUCAGCUGCCACGUGGUGUCCGCCGCAAGCAUGCGAACUUCCAUCAUCAGAGACGACAUCGAGGAGAUGGGGGUGUGUUUUCUCCACGCCCUCCCGCCCCAUGACGCUUCACCGACGGACUCAUCUUCGGACCCACGCAUCACCGAGUUUCUCGACGCCUACGGCGACGUGUUCAAAGGCCCGCACGGAGUAGUACCGGAUCGGCCCAUCCGCCACGAGAUCAUCCUCGAGGACGGGGCCGUACCUCCGCGCGGUUGCAUCUACCGAAUGAGCGAGGAAGAGUUAAGUGUGCUUCGGGCACAACUCGACGACCUUCUGGAGAAAAGAUGGAUUCGGCCUAGCUCAUCGCCAUACGGUGCUCCUGUUCUCUUCGUCCGGAAGAAGAACAAGGAUUUGCGGUUGUGCAUUGAUUAUCGCAAGCUCAACGCGCAAACAAUCAGAAACGCCGACCCUCUCCCACACAUCGACGACCUUCCCGAACCAUUGGGCGGCGCCAAGUUCUUCUCCAAGCUGGAUCUCAAGUCGCGAUAUCACCAACUCGAGAUUCGGAAGGAGGACUGCUACAAGACCGCGUUUAAGACGCGAUAUGGGCAUUUCGAAUGGCUGGUUAUGCCAUUUGGCCUUACGAAUGCCCCGGCCUUUUUCCAAGCGGCUAUGACAACGGAGUUCCGACACAUGCAGGAUCGAUUCGUACUUAUCUACCUCGACGACAUCCUGGUGUACAGCCGGAGUUUGGACGAGCAUGUGGAAUACCUGCGCACCGUUUUGGAGCGGCUACGACAAACCAAGUACAAAGCCAACCACGACAAAUGCGAAUUCGCGCGGCAGGAGCUGGAGUACUUGGGACAUUAUGUGACACCACAAGCCAUCCGUCCGCUUGCGGACAAGAUCGAGGCCCUCCGCGUAUGGCCCGAGCCCACCAACACCACGGAUGUUCGUUCAUUCAUGGGGUUGGCGGGCUACUAUCAGCGAUUCAUCACCGAAUACUCAAGGAUUGUUGCACCUAUGACGAGAUUACAAUCGCCAAAGGUGCCAUUCGUAUUCGAUGACGACGCACGUCGGUCAUUCUUAGCACUUAAGACGACCAUGCUCAUGGCACCCGUCCUUAGCAUCUAUGACCCCACCCUGCCUACGGGAGUGACAACUGACGCUUCCGGCUAUGGCAUUGGGGCAGUCUUGGAACAACACGACAACGACGACUGGCACCCUGUGGAGUAUUUCAGCCACAAAGUGCCUCCCAUCAACUCGCUUGAUGAUGCAAGGAAGAAGGAGCUGCUCGCGUUCAUGAUGGCUCUCAAGCGAUGGCAGCACUUCCUCUUUGGGCGUCGUAGGUUCACAUGGGUUACGGACAACAACCCACUGACUUACUACAAGACGCAGGAUACGGUGAGCAGCACGAUCGGACGAUGGAUGUACUUCAUCGACCAAUUCGACUUCACACCGAAACAUCUUCCCGGCCUCUCCAAUCGCGCAGCAGAUGCACACUCGCGAAGACCUGAUCUUUGCGCUAUGACACAUCAUGCCUUCGCAUUCGACGAGGAACUUCAGCGACACUUCAUCCGGGGAUAUGAGUCGGAUCAAGACUUCGCCAUGUUGUAUGCGCAGCUAUCUUCGGAUCACCUGCCGGCCAGCCACUAUCGCAUUGUCGACGGGUACUUGCUCAUCCACUCGAGAGGCAAGGACUUAUUGUGUGUCCCACGAGACCGUCGUCUUCGGACUCGCCUUCUUGGUGAGUAUCAUGACUCGCGACUCGCCGGCCAUUUCGGAGUCAACCGCACCAUUGCACGGCUUCGACAACGAUUUCGAUGGCCCGACCUCAUUACCGAUGUCACUCGGUAUUGCGACUCUUGCGAAGUUUGUCGACGAAGCAAGCCCCGCAAUCGCAACCCCUACGGCAAGUUGCGCCCGAUGCCUAUCCCACGGGAACCCGGCCUCUCCAUUGCCAUGGAUGUCACCGGACCAUUUCCUCGCGAUCGCCUCGGGCACGACGGCAUCCUCACGGUUGGGGACCGUUUGAGUAAGUAUGCGCGUUUUCUCCCUUGCAAGUACUACUUCACGGAUCCCGAGCUGGCACGCCUCUUGCACACUGGUUGGAUUUGUGGCCACGGUGUACCGGAAGACAUAGUCGGCGACCACGACACUCGCUUUAUGUCGGCAUUUUGGACUGUUCUCAUGCAGGAGUCCGGCACGAAGAUGAAACCAAGUUCGGCUCGGUAUCCACAAACGGACGGGCAAACGGAGCGGGUACAUCAAACCGCUCAAAUGAUGCUUCGUACACUCAUCCGUCCAGACCAGAAAGAUUGGGUUGACCGCCUCCCCGACAUUGAGUUCGCCUACAACACUUCGGUGCACCCGGCGAUCGGCGUGACUCCAUUCGAGUUGCACCACGGUGGACGGAAAGGCCGUAUCUUCGCCGACCUUCUCCUCCCACGACCAGCCGACAUCAACGCCGCUUGCUCUCCCGCUUCCGUCCGGAAGUACAGGGAAUUGCUGGCUGAAGUCUGCGCGAACAUGCAAAAGGUUCAAGUCCGCAUGCAGCAGCAAGCCAACAGGCGUCGCCUGCCAUGUCCCAUCCGCGCCGGUGAUCUGGUUUGUGUCUCCGCGGAAGAGUUUGCACUCGAACAUGAUGUUUCACGCAAACUGCUUCCCAAGUGGUUUGGACCAUGGCCCGUAACAUCAGCCGCGGGCGAUGAGCCUGAUGACCCUUCAUUUGUGAUCAACAUCCCGACGUAUCUGACGGAGAGGGCGCUGGGGCGACUGAAGGAGCAGUUGCGCGCACGUAGACGGAGGAAAUUGACGCAAGAUCCGUGCGAUGGGGCCGAAUACGUGGCGACGCCGGAGGCUGUUGUUCAGUUGUGCUACGCGUUGGGUUGCGGAGUGAUACCACGUGCGACGCCGCGGUGGUGGGUGAAGCGCAGGACAGGAGGCACGUGGGAAAACCUCAGGCCAUGCGACGACGCGACAGACGACUAUUUCCGGGAUAAGCUUCGAAUGUUGCCUCGAGUGUUCAGGGAAAUCGCGGAGGCGUGUGCGCCUCAUCUUCAGCAGCGGGUCACGUUCUAUAGGGAGCCUUUGCAGCCGGACCAGAUUGUGGUGUACGCGCUGCAUAGGUGGGCUUCAGGAGAGACGUACGAGAGCAGCACGUGCAACUUCGGGAUUGGACGAGCUUCUGGGCUGAUUGCCGUCCGCGAUGUUACUGCCGCGCUGCUAAGGAUGUUCGGAGAGAAGAUCGCGUGGCCGACAGGACUUCGUAAACUCGUCGUUCUGCGGGCGUUUGCUAAUAAAGGGUUCCCCAAUUGCCACGGUUGCAUUGAUUGUACUCAUGUCUACAUCGACAAGCCGGCGAACGCUCCGAGCGAAAACUACUACGACAGGAAGCGGCGUUUCUCCAUCGUCACGCAGGUUGUCGUCGACCUGGACUUGCGUGUGCUCGACGUGCUCAUGGGAUACCCAGGUAGCUGCCACGACAUCAGGGUGCUGCAGUUGUCCAGCCUGUCGCUGCGCGCAGAGGAGGGGUCGUUGUUCCGUGGUCCCCCCGUGACACUGCCGUUCGGUGUGAAGAUGAACGGGUAUGUUCUGGCGGACAAUGGGUACCCCCCUUCCGAAUGGAUGGUCGUCCCGUAUGGAGGCAUCAAUCAGCACGUCGACGAGGAGCGGUUUGACAACAAACAGAAGGUGGCGAGGGGAGCGGUGGAGAGGGCGUUCGGCAGGCUGAAGGGCAUGUGGCGGCUGUUUCUGCGGAUACACAAGACAAACCUGGACACGCUCCCGCAGCAGUUCACCGUCGUGUGCAUACUGCACAACAUGCUGAUCGGCGCAGGAAUCCCCUUCGACGAGAAUCUGCUAUGGGAGGUCGACGCCAAUGGUGUGCGACAACGUGUGGACCUGGGGAUCGAAGAGCCCCUCUAGCCUGUGUUGAUGAUGACGUCGACAGGCGAAGCGUUGGCGCU